AAGGUGAAGAGGUCACAGUAGGAGCUGUUUGUGGUCUCCAUUUAUGCCAGUGGGACUGGAGAAAUGAGGGCACCUGGCUGGGGGACACUGCAGUCCAAUGGGCUUUGGCAACUCUGACAUGGAUGUGCACUGAUGUUUGUGAGCUUUUGGAAGCUGGUUUUUAAUCUUAGGGGAAAGUUCAGGGGACAGUAACUGAUUAAUAACAUCUCUGCUCGUGCAAAUAGAAACCUCAGCUAAAGAGAGAAAAAAUGCAACAGUGAGUGAGACUGGGAUUGCUUGUUUCUAACAGCCUUUAUCUACGUGAGGAAAACGUAGCAAAAAGUUUGAAGCUGGAAGUGGCAGGCUCUGUUUGCACAAAGUCUGGAAGAGCUGUGGGUGCUCUGCUGUGCCCAAAGUGCCCCAGUGACACACGUGGGUCCAGCCCCAGCUGGAGGAGGAUGGGGCCACGGCAGCAUACAGGGAGCAGCCCCUUCCUCUGCUAGCAGCCACCUAUCACAAAAAGAAAGCUGAUGGAAACACAGAUUGGGUACUUUUGGCAGUUUAGGACCUCUUUGAGGUUGGGGAAAAAGCGAUCUGACGAGGGUUACAGCUGUUUGGUUUCCUGACAGAUGCACAGCACCGCGCUCGUUCUGUAUCAGUGGCACAACCGCACGGCGGCCGGCUGUGUACUGAACAACUUGUCCUGGACACCCUGCCAAAAAUGCUCUGUGCAACUUUGCUGUGAACCAGGAACUCGGCAUAAGAAUUCCUAGACCACUGGGACACGGACCAAGCAGAUUCAUCCCAGAGAAGGAGACCGUUCAAGUGGGAAGUGAAGACGCCAUGAUGCACGCGCUGUUUGCAGACUCUUUUGCUACGCUGGGCCGAUUGGACAAUGUUACCUUGGUGAUGGUUUUCCACCCACAGUAUCUGGAAAGCUUUCUGAAAACUCAGCACUAUCUGCUGCAGAUGGACGGCCCGCUCCCUCUUCAUUACCGGCACUACAUCGGGAUAAUGGCUGCAGCCAGACAUCAGUGCUCUUACCUUGUUAACCUCCAUGUGAAUGACUUCCUGCAUGUUGGUGGAGACCCCAAAUGGUUGAACGGCCUGGAAAAUGCACCGCAAAAACUGCAGAAUUUGGGAGAACUGAACAAAAUGUUGGCUCACCGACCCUGGCUUAUCACCAAGGAGCAUAUCGAGCAACUUUUGAAGACAGAAGAGAACAGCUGGUCCCUGGCAGAGCUGAUCCACGCUGUUGUUCUGCUGACACACUACCACUCCCUUGCUUCCUUCACGUUUGGCUGCGGAAUCAGCCCAGAGAUCGACUGCGAAGGCGGUCACACCUUCAGGCCACCUUCUGUCAGCAACUACUGCUUGUGUGAUAUCACAAAUGGCUACCACGGGGUGGAUGACAUUCAUGCCAGCCCAGCUGCAAGUAUUCCGACUACAGAGUCUGUCUGUGAAGUUGAAGCUCUUAUGGAGAAAAUGAAGCAACUGCAGGAGUGCAGAGAUGAAGAGGAAGCAAGCCAGGAGGAGAUGGCUACACGUUUUGAAAGAGAGAAGAGAGAAAGCAUGUUUGUGUGUUCUUCAGAAGAUGAAGAGUCGGCACCAACAAGAGAUGUGUCUCGUCACUUUGAGGACACCAGCUAUGGUUACAAGGACUUCUCCAGACACGGGAUGCACGUGCCCACCUUUCGAGCUCAGGAUUACUCUUGGGAAGACCACGGCUAUUCCUUGGUUAAUCGUCUUUACCCAGAUGUGGGACAGCUACUUGAUGAGAAGUUUCACAUUGCUUAUAAUCUGACUUACAACACAAUGGCCAUGCACAAAGAUGUGGAUACCUCAAUGCUAAGACGAGCUAUUUGGAACUAUAUUCACUGUAUGUUUGGAAUAAGAUACGAUGAUUAUGACUAUGGUGAAAUUAAUCAGUUGUUGGACCGCAGCUUUAAAGUUUAUAUCAAGACUGUGGUUUGCACUCCUGAAAAGACCACAAAAAGAAUGUAUGAUAGCUUCUGGAGGCAGUUUGAACACUCUGAGAAGGGGCAAACGACCUUACCACCUCUUCCUUUGCUAACAACCCCCUCCGCUCCACAGGUCCAUGUAAAUUUGCUUCUGGUAGAAGCUCGGAUGCAAGCCGAACUACUUUAUGCUCUGAGAGCUAUUACUCGCUAUAUGACCUGAUGUCUCCGGCUGCCUGUCGACGCUGGAAUGUUCCACAGCUGCAGUAUGGCAGAGGAAGAUAUGAAGCCUCAGGACCAAUGGUAGCUAUAAAUUAAGAUGCCCGUUGUGCCAUAACUCCCUUAGUUUCAGCUCUUUCCACGUUUGGAAUGUCACCGCUGCCGUGGGGCAGUGAACGCUUGGCAGUUGAAAAGACGGGGCUGUGCUGAAGUGCUGCCCGAUGGGGGUGGUUUGGCUUCAGCCAGCAUGGGAUGCUCUAUGGACUUGUGGCAAUAUUGCAAACCACAGCUAUAUAGAUCUUGUAAGGCAAACGCAACAGGAGUUGGAGCGUAAGAAAUGGGACUUGAUAACAUUUACUUUCCCUACGAGAAUAAUUUUAGAAAAUCUUGAUGCUGCUAUUUGUGCUGGUGGAGCAAACAGAGAGGCUGUUCCAGCUGAGCUCAAAGUGAAAGCGAGCACUGCUAUUGUCUGAGCCUUUAUUGUGCGUGGUUUCCAAAAAGCCUUGUUAUUUAGAUUUAUUUUUAAUCAGAACUAAACCUCCUCUGUCCACACUGAUGAUUUGAAAGAUAGCAGUCAAUUUUCUCAAAUAGUAUAGCCUUAAGAUGCUGUAGGACAUUCAUUCAGCGUUAUUUGGUGAGCUCCAAAGUGCAAUGGAAAGAAGAGGACGUGGUCCUUAGAGCUUUGUACAGAUCUGACCACGUCUGGUGUCACGCAGCCCCUCGUCCUGCUUCUUCAGGGUGAGCUGCUCCCUGCUCAGGGGCGGUGACAAGGGAUGGGAAUGUUGUUCUAGGCUGCCAAACAGUCCUACUGCGUUACAUACCCAACGCUGGUCUUACUGAUUUUUUGCAGUUGCUUAAAUAACUAGGCUAAAAACCAUCUAUUUUUAGUAAAUCAAAACAUGAUUAAAAUGCUGACAUUUAAUAUACAGUGGUUUUGGAGAACACAUGAAUACUUUUGUAUGAGUGUGAAUUGCUUUUUAAAUAUGUCAGUAUUAUUGGUAUUUUUUAAAUAAAGAUAACAACUUUUUC